AAUCCCUUUGGCGAAGAAGUUAGUUUUGAGAUCAUACGACUACUUGGCCGUAUUGUUUUCCCUACUCUACGAAUCUAUAAAACUAAACCAGUUGUAUUAUAUAGUUGCAAUGUUGAAUAUUCGAGGCCCGGAGCUAACCGAGCUGGCUCUCGAGAUCCUGAACUAUCGGAUGUACGACCGGAAUGGCGCCUCGUGUGAUUCAAUUUCCCAGCUGAUCGAGCACCAUCAGUCCUCCCAAGAUGCGCCAGAAGACCACACAAAGCCAACGGGCAAACGAAGCCAGCCUUCGAGUAGCAGGCAGGAGCAGGAAAGUAGCUUCAUGAAGGAGUUUGAGAUAUCGAAUGUGCACACGGUACUGGACGAUCCGACCCAGUUUGCCGAGACCCAAAUGGUGUCGUUUCUAGCGCAGCUACAGCAGCGGAUAAUGCAGACGAGCACGAUGAACGUACGCAGCAAGCGGCAGGCGAAGGAAAUGAUCGAGGGAAACUCCAAACUCAACCAGAAAGAGGUAGUCGUCUUCUGUGCCCAGGUGCGGAAGUCUUGCACGAAGGCGAUACGAGCAACGGAGGAGGAAUUCAAACGGGAAAGGAAAAGCAAAGAAAAAGUCAACCGUAAAAGCAAAAGAGAGAGAGUAAAUGAACUGCUGGAGGAAUUCAAUAUGCUACUACAGCUGCUUAAAAUUGUGCUCGACGAUAUGCCCGAGGACUGGCAGGAUCUGGACAGGAUACUGAGGCUAUUGCGGACGUCGAAUGAAUCAUUGCAGUUCAUUCAGUAAACAUUUUCAUAGUUCAUGGAAGUCGACAGAACUUUCCAAAUGUAAAUUAAGAAGCUUGAGGAAAAGCGUUAAAUAAUAAAAAAAAAAAAAUUUGUAGAAAAGUUCAAUACAACGUGU